AUGAACUCCCUUCAACUUCUUCUUCUUGCCGCUUUUGUCAGCUUUGCAGCAACACAAUGGAAUCUUGAUUGUAAAAUUCAAGUCAAAUUCCGUAAUGAUGGACACAAAAAGGUUCGUGUUGACCUCCUUGUUCCAUCUCUCUCGAUCAUGUCUGACCCAGUUAUUUUGAACGAUUACAAGCAAGAAAAGAGCGUGAAUAUCAAAGGAAAGAACUGCGAAAAGAAGCCAUGGGUAUUCAUGAUCUACGGAUGGCAAAACGACAAGUGGGUUCUCAAGAAGAAGACUCAAUCCAAGUUCACUGGAAAUGGAUGGUUCCUCACUUCGGUCGAUGACGAGUACACCCUCAACGUAUUGGACCGCCAGGGAAUUGCGUGCUCUGAAGGAAACUGCGGAAAGUAA